AUGGAUUAUUUCUUGAUCAUCACCUGUGCAUUGCUGUUAAUAACAUCAAUUUUGUCAGUCUUCCGUCGCAAGAAGAAUCUUCCACCAACAAUCUUUCCAAAAAUACCCAUCAUCGGCCACCUUUACCUCUUACAAAAACCUCUUCACAGAACCUUGGCAAAACUCUCAUCAAAACACGGCCCAAUUCUCCUCCUCCACUUUGGGUCCCGCCCCGUUCUUGUAGUCAACUCUCCUUCCGUCUCCGAAGAAUGCUUCACAGGCAAAAACGACAUCGUUUUUGCCAACCGUCCUCGUUUGUUGGUUGCCAAGAUUCUAAGCUCAAAUUGUACUGGCACUGUUUGGGCACCUUAUGGUGAUCAUUGGCGUAACCUUAGGAGGAUCUCUACAAUCGAGAUCUUCUCGACUCAACGUCUCAAUGAACUAAGUAACGUACGAGCCGACGAAGGAAGACUUGUUGUACGUAAACUAGUCUCAGAUUGUAGUAGUUCACCACUAGUGAACUUAAAGUCAUUGUUUCAAGAGAUAACACUUAAUAUUAUAAUGAGGAUGAUAUCUGGGAAGAGGUAUUUUGGAGGUAAAAAUAUGGAAGAUGAAGGAAUACGGUUUAGGGAGAUGGUGGAAGAGGCGUUACGUUUGGGUGGUGCGUCGAAUUUAGGUGAUCAUUUGCUGUUUUUGAAUUGGUUUGGAGUGAAUGGAUUGGAGAAGAAGUUGAUCGCGUUGCAGAAGAGGAGAAACGAGUUUUUUCAAGUACUAAUUGAUCAACUUAGAGAGGAUGCUAAAGUUGAAGAUAACAAUAGCAAGAAGAACAUUACAAUAAUUGAAUUAUUGUUGCAGUUACAAGAAACAGAUCCUGCCUACUACACUGAUGAGCUUAUUAAAAGCUAUAUACUGAACUUGUUAUCAGCUGGGGUUGACACUUCUUCUGUAACUAUGGAAUGGGCAUUUUCUCUUUUACUCAACAAUGAAGACGUAUUAAACAAGGCACAAAAUGAAAUCGACAAUCAUGUAGGACAAAACCGCCUUCUUGAGGAAUCAGACAUGGCCGACUUACCAUACUUACGUUGUAUCGUGAACGAGACUUUACGAAUGUACCCUCCAACCCCAUUUCUAGUACCUCACGAGUCAUCGGAUGAUUGUAUGGUGGGAGGCUAUCACAUCCCACGUGGGACCAUGCUAUUGGUUAAUCAAUGGGCCAUACAACGCGACCCGGAAUUGUGGAGUGAGCCUCAAAGUUUUAACCCGGAAAGGUUUGAGCAGAUAGAAGGCACAAAGGAUGGGUAUCGCUUCAUGCCAUUUGGGUCCGGAAGGAGGGGAUGUCCGGGUGAAGGACUAGCCAUCCGUAUGCUUGGGUUGACGUUGGGGUUGCUUAUACAAUGCUUUGAAUGGGAACGCGCAAGUGAAGAGAUGGUUGAUAUGACUGAAGGUGUCGGCCUCACUAUGCCUAAGGUUCAACCUUUGGUAGCCAAAUGUAGACCUCGCCGAAUUACGCACAAUUUAAGCUAG